CGUCAUCAAAAACCGGAUGUUUACAACAAUAGCACUAGUAAUUUAGCGUCGUAAAAGAGUAGGCCUUCCGUGAAAUAACGCAUUUUUUCCAUAACUUUAAAGGAAGCACCGCCACAAAUAAAAAGGAAAUAUGGUCUGUGAAAAGUGUGAGAAGAAGCUGGGGAGAGUCAUCACCCCGGACACUUGGAAGGACGGAGCUCGAAAUACGAUAGAGAGCGGCGGCCGCAAGCGUAAUGAAAACAAGCUGCUGACUUCGAAGAAAGCCAGGUUCGACCCGUACAGCAAGACCGGCUUUGCCACGUGCCGCAUCUGCAAGAGCUCCGUCCAUCAGUCGGGAUCGCACUACUGCCAAGGCUGCGCUUACAAGAAAGGAAUCUGCGCCAUGUGCGGGAAGAAGGUCCUCGACACCACCAACUACAAGCAGACGUCAGUGUGACCGAUCCGUACGUCAUACGUUUCUCACCGGUUUCCCCAAAAUGUCCUCUCAUGCCACACUUGAACUCUUUACUCUAUCUUAGAGCGUAAUACACCCUGAUUGCAAGUUGUAGUGAUUGUAUUUUAGUUUUUUUCCCUUUAGUAUGUUUUUUAUGUGUACAUGAUGAUGUGAUUAAUAUUUUUGGAGUAAAAUCGUCAGUCUAAAAAAACAAAAUGGAAGACCUAUUUCACUUAUCUCAAAAACACGGCAUUCAAUUAACAAAUGGGCCAUUAAAGAAAUAGAAAAUGCUAUUAAAAAUGUCAUUAAAUGUAUUUUUUUAAAUCCCUAACCUAAUUCAAAAUGCCAUUAAAUUGAAAAUGGAAGGUUUUUCACUUAUUCGAAACACACCAUUCAAUAAGUCAUUGAAUGUCUAUAUGUGUGUGUGUGUGUGUGUAUGUAUAUAUAUAUAUAUAUAUAUAUAUAUAUACACACACACACACACACACACAGUGGGUACGGAAAGUAUUCAGACCCCGUUAAAUGUUUCACUCUUUGUUACAUUGCAGCCAUUUGCUAAAAUCAUUUUUCAUUUUUUCCCCUCAAUGUACACACAGCACAGGACAAAUUUAAAUGUUGAAAUUUUUGCAGCUUUAUUUAAAAAAAAAAGAAAAACUGAAAUGUCACACAGCCAUAAGUAUUCAGAGCCUUUGCUGAGUAUUUAGGAGAGGCACCCUUUUGAGCUAAUACAGCCAUGAGUCGUUUUUCACACCUGGAUUUGGGGAUCGUCCGCCAUUCCUCCUCGCACAUCCUCUCCAGUUCUGUCAGGUUGGAUGGUGAACGUUGGUGGGCAGCCAUUUGCAGGUCUCUCCAGAGAUGCUCCAUUGGGUUUAAGUCAGGGCUCUGGCUGGGCCAUUCAAAAACAGUCACAGAGUUGUUCUGAAGCCACUUCUUCGGUAUUUUUAGCUGUGUGCUUAGGGUCGUUGUCUCGUCGAAAGGUGAACCUUCGGCCCAGUCUGAGGUCCUGAGCACUCUGGAGAAGGUUUUGGUCCAGGACAUCCCCGUACUUUGCUGUAUACAUCUUUCCUUCAAUUGCAACCAGUCUCCGUGUUCCUGCAGCUGAAAACCCCCCACAGCAUGAUGCUGCCACCACCGUGCUUCACUGUUGGGAUUGUAUUGGACAGGUGACGAGGAGUGCCUGGUUUUCUCCACACAUACCGCUUAGAAUUAAGGCCAAAAACUUCUAUCUUGGUCUCAUCAGACCAGAGAAUCUUAUUUGUCACCAUAUUGGAGUUGUUUUUUUU